UUUGAUUUGACUAGUGUUUUUUUUAUCAUUCCGAAAAUAAUUAUAAGUUUAAGCAUUUAUUUCCAAUUUGAUACAUAAACAUGUCUUUCAUUCAAUUUGCGAACAACAUUUCUUGAGGAUGAUAUCGUUUUAUACUACGUUUACCAAGUGAGAAUGUUUGCGUAAUGUUAUCAUGUAAAUAUUUAUAAAAAUGUCCAAUCCUUUUUCCAAUAGAAGCAAGUUUAUCACAGAAAUAAUGAAAUUUUCAUUUCAUCACCGUGCUUUUUAUUGCUAUUUAGGCAUGAGUUUAUGGAUUUUUUUCCUUAUUACUGUUAUGUACAAAUAUAUGUCAACUGGUGAGGACAGUGCUGUGGUCAAGAAGGUCAUACAGAAUGAAUUGAUGUCUAGAACUGAUUCCAAGUUUCGCAAGAUUUACUUGAGAGUGUGCAGUCCCCCAGAUAACAUUGUGAGAGGCUCUGAAGGAGUUGUGGACAGCGACACAUGGCUUCUUCAAGGAGUGCUCGUGCUCACACGGCAUGGAGACCGCGGGCCACUGACACACUUGAAGGGCGGAGACAAGUUGCCUUGUGACACUGUACCAAUCUCACCAUUGCUAAAGAGUUACGAAGAGUAUGUAGCCAAUGCAAGUGGUUCCGGUCGUCCAUGGUGGGUUUCAGGCCCGGGACCGUUCCACAACUUUCCUUCGUUGCCUCCUCGUGCGGGCAGUACUCAUUGCGCCCUCGGACAACUCACACCUCGAGGCCUGCUGCAGAUGUUGACUGUUGGUAACAUACUCAGGGAGGCAUAUGCAGCAAAAUUAGGGUUAGAUAAUUUUGAUUCUACAGGGAAAAAAGAUACAGGGCUGGCGAUAUCGUACAGCACGCGGUACCGGCGCACGUUCCAGUCGCUGUGCGCGGCGUGGUGGGGCGCGGCGCGCGGCGCGGCGGGGGCGCGCCUGGCGGCCGCGCGCGAGGCGCCCAGCGCCGCCUUCUGCUUCCGCGACUGCGCCUGCGCCGCCAGCGCGCGCCUCACCAAAAAAAUAAACUCACAAGACCAGAACCGCCUCGAAUCCCACCCCGCCGUCAAAGAGCUAGUCAGCAAGUUGUCUAAAGUGCUGUUCGAAUCCCAAGAGCGGCCCGCGGCGCACGUGGUGAGGGACGCGCUGUUGGCGUAUAUGUGUCACGACGCCCCCCUACCUUGCACUACUGACAAAGUGGGGGGCAAGGCGAACCUGCUCAUAAAAGGUCACAAGAAGUUUCGCGGAGAAAAUAUAGGGCUCAGAAAUUUACUGGACGUCGAUAUAGACACGCUGAACAUGGAACUGGAUUACAUCAACAACCAAUUGGAUUUCAACAACGAGGUAGGUAGAAAAGCAAGAGACAUUAUUGGAAAAUACUACGACAGCAAAGACAAAAAGGCGCCAUUAGAUUUCGACGCGCAAAUGGAGAGGGAAAAGUUACUUUAUUAUCAGCAGAAAUAUAUGGAUAACGAUAUUUAUGAUGACGUAGUUAUUGUGAAAAAAAAUCUCGAUGCAGACUUCAAUUUUCCCAAUGACGCCAGGAUGGAUGCGGACUUUGACGAAGAUUACAAAGAGCCCACGGAAAGUACGGAAGAGUUUUGCGUGAAAAAAGAACACGUUAUGUCACUUUUUGCGUAUUUAGAGUGGACUUACCGACAAGAGAUUAAGAACAUACACAAUAAACGACGCGGCUUGUUAGUGGCGUACGGUUUGAUACAUAAUAUAGUACAAAAUAUGAUAAGAAUGAUCUCUGAGAAUAAGCCGAAAUUUGUUUUGUACUCUGGUCAUGAUAAGACUUUGCAAGCGUUGAUUUUAGCGUUAGGUUUGAAUAAUUAUCAGCAUUAUAAUAUACAGUAUGCAGCUAGGAUGAUAUUUGAGGUGUAUAGAAAGAAGGAUUUGCUGGAUGAGUUCAAGUUUACGAAGAGGAAAGCGGUUGCGCAGGAUUUCUAUUUCCGUGUCGUGUAUAAUGGUGAGGACGUGACGAAUAAACUGAGUUUCUGUAAGCCUCGACAGAUCGUGGUGAUGAAGGUCGUUGACCCGAUCGAUGACGUGAAAAUGUACAAUACAUAUCUGUGUCCCAUUGAGAGUAUAGUUAGGUUCAUUCAUGAUGAUUAUUUUGCGACGUUCAACACUAGUAAUUAUAAAGAUGCGUGCGCCAGUUAUGGGAAUAAGCAUUUGUAACAUUAAAAAAAAAGAGUUUUUAAUAAAAAGAGAUCACAGAUCUGAGGCUAAUAGGAGUUAUUUAUUGUUAGUUAAACGUAUUUCUAUUGAAUCUCAAAACAACAGAAUAUUAGCGUAAGUGUCAUAUCAUUUCACAUGGCUGACCAAAAAUCUGUUUGGAUAUGAUUACGUCUAGUUUUAUAUCACUGGAGAUACUAAGAAGAUCAGUUAAUAAAUAAUGUUGUGACUUGAAAGUAGUAAUUUGUUUUCAUAAUGAAUAUCAAGUUUUAUAAAAAAAAAAUAUUGAAGAACCAUAACUAUGACUUUGAAUACAUAUGAACCAGUAAGAAAAAAAUGUACAUAUCACUUAUAAUUGUGCUGUUAAGUAAGCAAUACUUGAUGUUGUAGUUGAUAGAAUUAACAUAUCCCACUGAUAAUAAUAUAUCUAAACUUAUAUUUUUGUAGAUCUUAUUUAUGUUAAUAUUAAUGUUUAAUAAUUGUUUAAGAGGCUAUAACUCCUGUGUUAUUAAUAUCUUAUACUUGUAAUACAUCAUGUGAUUAAGAUCUCAUACUUACACAUUUUAAAUAAUUAUAUUAUGGUGUGAUUUUCCCAGUACAUAAGUAUCUUGACUGAAAAAUAAUCUCAGCUCAGUAGUUUCUAUCAAAUAUUUAUCUACGCAUAAUGAUUUUGUAGCAAAAAAAUACGGUCCAAUUGAGAACCUCCUCCUUUUUGGAAGACAGUUAAAAACACGACUUUUUCUCAAUAGUGAGACGAAGACAGCUGAAAAUACGAAUGAUGGUACGGUUGUGAUUUUUUAAGGCUACUGGAGAACAGUAUUACCAAUUUUAUAAGUUACAUCAAUGUUUAUACCUGCGCAGGAGUUGAGCCUAUCAAAGCGCGCCAUUUGAACCCGCGAACUGAACUGUCCGCCAUUGUACUUUUCUGCUAUAAAGAGCGAGAUAGCAGAAAAGUUUUUGCAUUUUAAGUUUA